AUGCGACGACGCGCUCAGUCAAAUUCGUCAGGACCACGACCUCCUUCAAGCUUCACGCCAGUGUCCAUAUAUUCCCAUGUUUCGACUUACCGUUCUUUACUGCUUGAGCUUCAACUUUAUAGUCCCUCACUGAAAGUCAAUGAAGCCUCCCGGGGGCCCUUGGCAGUUUUCAGCGAUCACGAUCAAGUCGGAGGCAAAGUUAUCCUAGACUCCCGUUCUUAUCAUACAGGGCAGUUAACGAUCUCAAUUGAAGGAGUGUUUAUGUAUGAUCCUCACCAAUCUGGUUCCGCCGAAACGACGAACUACUCCGAACUCCAAAAGCACAUAUUUUUCAAUUGUUCAACUUGCAUAGCUGUUUCUCCGACUGCAGAGUCAAGUAGUCCUCGUACAACAUUUCGUGAUGCUUUCAUCAGACGGCGACCCAGCGCCUCUCAUAUCAAUGUAUCUACGUUGAGCGAGAGGUCUUACCCCUUCACAUUCAAUCUCCCUCAGUCACAUCGACCCGGCGAAGAGAUUCCACCGUCAUUUACAUCAAAGUUCGAGGCGAAUUCCCUGUCGAAAUCGUGUGGGGUCGAAUAUAAGGUUGUCGCCUCAUGGGAGCCGAGUGACGCAUUUGAAAGCCCAUCAUAUCUGGAAGUACCUAUUCUUUUGCAACCAGAUACAGAUUUCCAGUCUAUGGACGCCACGAGAAUAAGCCCUGACUCGUGGUUGGAAAUGCCGCUUAAAUCUGAGCGGCGUAUGCCAGUUCGAUGUGCGGUCACUUUGCCUACCUUCGUCACGUUUUCUCGUGGCUCAUCAAUUCCAUAUUUUGUGGUUUUCACGACCGUCCCUCGAUCACCUGCGUUGGCAAGGGAAGUUGCAUCUGACGCCACAAUAUCUGUAUCACUUAUACGGCAGAUCACUAUUCACGAGCCCACAACCACAUUUCCCCCAACGCCCCCUCCGACGCCACCAAGCGACGAGUUUGAAAUAAAUCGUGGCAGCGCCGGGCUCUUGAAACGCGUCGGAAAAUCGGCACAGUCGCGGCUAACUCGCGUGAGACGGGGCUCUGAUGCACCGUUAGACAGGCACGACAAGCCUUUGCCUCAACUACCCUUCGCAAAAUCAUUCUUUGAGACCCGCACAAUACACAGCGACAUCUGCAUUGGCUUUCCCAAACGCCCCCGACAGCAAACCGGUUUAAAUAACCACCCUUCAUUGGAGGCAGUUUCUUCAUUGCCUGACGGGCUUCAUAAAGCAAAGAUACCUCUUGAUAAAGAGAUGCUUCCUUGUGUGGAUUGGUCAGGGAUCUCCGUAAAGUACUACUUGGACAUAUCGGUGCUUAUCGGUCAAGACGAUCUUCGUGCCCGUGUGCCAAUACGGAUAUUUUAG